CUCAACUAUUCUAGCUCUGCAAAUAAACAUUAAUGGAGUGCAGAAAACUUGAAAUAACUCUUGUCUCAGCCCAAAAUCUCCCCAAUGUCCGAAACACCGGCCGCAUGAAAGUCUACGCCAAGCUCUCUCUCAAGGGAGACUCCAAAACCACCAGAAAAAGCCACGUGGACUACGAGUCGGGGACGAAUCCGAGGUGGAAUUUCGUCUCUGACUACACGGUCAGCGAGGACACCGUGAGGCGGCCGGGCGUGAGCCUCGUGGUGAGGCUGAUGUGCAAGAGGACGCUGGGGGAUAGGCUCGUCGGAAAAGUGAAGAUUCCGGUGAAGAGCUUGUUCGACAUGGGGCGGAUGUCGAGGAAGAUUCUUAGCUACGAGGUGGCGGGAACGCCGGAGGGGCGGCUGAAUCUGUUGUACAGUUUUAGCGAGACGAUGCUGGUCAGGCAGCCGUCGCCCGGGUGGAAGACAGCGUUUGAGGCCGUAGGGUUCUUGGUGCUCGUCGGAGGAGCGAUGCUCCUCCUCAGCGGCGAGUCUGAUCACGACGAUGGCGAUGAUCAUCGGAGGCCCUCCUCGGAUGAAGAGGAGGAAGACGAGGUUUUUUAUGACGCUUGUUGAUGACGGGAAACGAUGAAGUUUGAGCCCUAGAUUUUAAAAAAAAAGUGUUUAUUGUUUGAGUAUUUGAGAAAAUGACAAUUAAAAUUGUUGAUUCACUAGUUGAUUAGGGAUUGUAUAGUUUGGAUCAUGAAAAAAUGUGCUUUUGAAUUACGUGUUUUGGAUGCAUUGAAAAUCUUUUAUUCGAUAAUUGGAUCCGGUCUUGUUA